AACAACGAAAUCAAACAACAUGAAUACGGAUCCAGUGAAAAAAAUUGGUAAAAUCAAAGAGCAAAUUGAAACAGAGUAUAAAUCACGACGAAAUUAUCCCAAAAAGUGGUCACGAUUCUACGAUGAAACUCCCUGGAAUGAAAUGUAUAAUCAAACUAAAAUUAAUAACAAAUUGAAAGCAGAUUUGAUAGAUCAAACAUGUCCAUUUAACUAUUCUAAUGAGGGUGAUUCAUAUUUUGUUUCACCGGAAAUGCACAAAUCACUGGUGGCUGUCUGUCGUUGUGGUCGACCACGUAGUGGCUUACAUUUGAUUAAUGUUUUGCAAACUCAACAAAACAAAUAUUUGUUUAAUGAUGCAAAUACAAAUACAAAUGAGAAGAAUAUGGCCAUAAAUAAAUUACCAGAAACUUCAAGUGGAUUUGUUGGCUGGCAAUCGAAACAACCAAGUUAUAAACAAUGGGAGAAUUCCAUGAAAUAUAUAUCGCCCAUGUAUGACAUGCCGGGAGAGAAAAUAACAGCGACUCCUUAUAAUGCAAUAAUUAUGGGUUAA